GGGCGUCGGCGCUUUCAGAAGGCGGGGACGACGGUGGAGUGCGGAAGGUGAUCCUUACGAGCUGUUUCUUGGUUGGAAAGAGGGGACGACCGGGUUCCCUGUUCUCACUCACUGUUUUAGGUGUCGGUUUCGAGAGCGCCGCGAUGACGAGCUACGUGAACGACAUGUGGCCCGGCUCUCCCCAGGGGAAGGACUCCCCGUCGGGCUUCGAGACGGGCCGCUCCAGCCGGCUGUCGUCCAGGUCGCGCAGCUCGUCGUCCUCCGCGAGUUCUCGAUCCGCCUCCAGCCGCUCGUCCCGCAGUCGCAGCAGGUCUCGGCGGAGCAGGUCUCGCUCCCAGUCCCGCCGGCGCCACCAGCGGAAGUUCCGCCGCUACUCGCGCUCCUAUUCCCGGAGCAGCUCGAGGUCCCGCAGUCGCCGGCACCGAGAGAGGCCCCCGCCUCGGGCCUACCGCAGGUAUUACCGAUCGCCUUCGCGGGACAGGUCCCGCAGUAGGUCCAGGUCCCGCGGACGGUCGUACUACCGGAGAGCUUACCUGGGAUCCCGGGGGCGAAGGUACUACGGCUUCGGACGGACGGUCUAUCCAGAGGCACACAAGAGCUGGCGGUACCGGUCUCGGUCCAGAUCCCGCAGCCGGACGCCUCUGCGUUUGAGCGAGAAAGAUAGGAUGGAACUUUUAGAAAUAGCAAAGGCUAAUGCAGCCAAAGCUUUAGGAACAGCCAAUAUUGACUUGCCAGCUAGUCUCAGAAUUGGUCCACAAUCUAAAGACCCAAACUAUGGAAAACAAAUACAGGGUGAUGCUACAAAACUUGUUGAGCUGUCAGGAAGAUUAAAUGAGGAUGUAAGUAGAACCUCAAAUGAAAGUUCUUCCCAGCAGAGAAGCCUGCCUUUCAGCUCUGGUAACUCUGUAGCAAAUCCAAUACUUCAGAAAACAGCUAAAGAGACUGCAGGAUUCUCUAAAGAAGAGAAAAGCUAGAGUUCAUAUGGACAGUGGAUUCCUAUCAAGAAAGAGGAAAAUAGUUUACUUUUAAGUUCUCCUAAAACAGCACUGUCUUUCAAAUUCUAGUAUGUCUAGCAUCAUCCCUUCCUUAUGAGCCAUAAGUAGCAGAAGCUGUUAUUUAGCUAUAAAAGACAGUUUGAAAAACUGGCCAUGAAAAGAUUAAAGUACUUUAAUGUAUCAUAUCUUAGGUUUCUUUUCCAGAUAAGUGAAAUGAGCACAAAUGGACCAGAAAUCACAGGUGGGAUUUUUAUUCAUGUAUGUAGAUAUUUGUAAAUAUUUGUGUGGCAUUGCAAUGGGUUAAAUAUAGCCAGAGCUAAAAUUCAGUAACUGAACAGCUGCAUGUUGGUAAUUGUAUAUAUUUUCAUUUGUUAAUAAAGUCUAAUUUCUGGUUUUGUUUUUUCAA